UCGGGACAACAUAGCGCGUGACGUGCGGGAGAGAACGCUGCGGCGAUGGCGCGAUGAAGACGAGCGGGCGCGCGGCGUUUUGCUGGCUCCUGCUUUGCUCAGCCGCUGCUUCUGCCGCGCCGCGACGCUUCUACUGCGAGCGCGCCGACGUCGCCUGGCGGGCCUACCGCGCCCCGGCCGCCUUCGAGGCGCGCGUCCAGUCCGUCGCCAGAGACGCCGCCACGGUCAAAGUGAGGCGCGUCCUCCGCCGGCAGGGCCACUGGCCGCACGAGGACGCAGUGAUAAGGCUGAAACUGCCCACCCGGGACCCCCUCGAGUGCUCCGGACGCUUCGAAGUGCCGUUGGUUAAUCGCAGGAACUAUAUCGUGUUCGCGGAGAGGCGGGGGCAUUCCGCCGUCGCUCUCGGACCGCCGCUGCAGAGGACAGGGAAGUUGCUGAGGAGGAUACGUGCGGUCUACAAGGAGGGUUACAGUAGUCCAGCCAAAGUGGAGCCAAUGCAGUCGGUGAGGACGACAAAGGGGACCCGGGUGAAGCUGGAGUGCAACGCUAGUGCACGGCCGCCGCCGCGGAUCAUGUGGUACAAGGACGGAAAGCCCGUCACAGAAAUUGCGCUCAGGAGGUUUCGGGUGCAGAACUUUAGGAGGCGCUCGGUUUUAGUCAUAAGGCACGCGAGACGAGAAGACUCCGCCACGUACGAGUGCAGAGCGCAGGGCGCCGUGGGCCCUCCAGCCAUCGCCGCUGCCAACGUCAGUGUGAUGUCGCCUUUAUUAGUGACGCAGGCGCCUGAUACUAUCACAACGUCAGGCGCGCCCUGCCCGAUGCCGGACCCGUCGUCCUACUGCCUCAACGGAGGCACUUGCUUAUUCUUCGAAGUGGUUCAAGAACAGGCUUGCAAAUGCCCAGAAGGUUUCAACGGGCAACGGUGCGAGAAUAAGGACGUUUCGAACCGAAGCAGUAGGUACCACUUCCCGUACUCUUGCAAGUUGGGUCUGUCGACCUCGUACUACUGUUAGCUGUGUCUAGCUAUGUCAAGGAUAUAAACCCCCACCUUAACAAUUCUGACGACCAUGGACAUACAUAAGACACAGAAUCAAGAAAAUUAGAACGAAAAUAUGCUUUGUGUUUUGAUGGGCAGAAAAAUUGCAGAAUCUAUGGUGGAUGCUAUUGUACAUUAAUACCUACAGGCAUUUUGAGGAACCAACGCUAGGCUUGAGAACAUAAUCUGUACUGGACAUAGAAAUUUAAAUAAUGUAAGACUUUUACGAUUUCUGUGGUACUAAACUAUUGACUAUUUAAAGAAACUGUUUUACCGCUAUUAAGGCCAGUACAAAUCGCAUAAAGGUGAGAAUGUAUUAAUGGUAACAUUGCUCUUCUAAUAAACGGUACGGUAUUUUAGGAUUCAAAGACAAUAAAGAACUAUGUACGAGUAUGUAAACGAGCCAAAUACUGAAAGAAAAAUACUAUUUUAGGCAUGAAUGUCCAUGGUAAAGUCAAAAUUUGGAAAACGCGGCCCUAUAUUUUACACAGCGUGUAUGUUGGAUCAUAGAAAUCUUAAUAAUAUAUAAUAUUCAAAUUUCUGUGUGUAAUAAAGAAAUAUUAUUCAAAUUUCUGUGAAUUACGAAUGUGCAAAAUAAAUGGCCGCGUUCAUGACAGCGACUGUGCAUUUCUUUAUAGUUAAGUGUAAAUAGAUUCAUCUAUAUAAUUCCAUACACAGUCAGCGCUUACUAUGUAGUGUUUUGAUAAAUGGCCUAUUUCGUGACCAAAAUGAUAUGGUCGUAGGACUUAGGUAUCCAAACUGUAAGUUGAUAUAGUAAAGCCCCGAGCAAUUUUUUUAAUUAGUGAUUAUAGUCACUCAAAUUUGUUCAGUUAUCAUGAGUUUGCUUGAUAAGGUCGCUAGUGUAUUUAUUCUUGCCUUUCGUGUUUAAUCUAAAACCUAUUUUUUAUAUAUACUAGCGUUGCUACCAUUGAGGCCGUGGCACGAUGAGAAUUUGAAUAAUUCAGCAGAUGAUACAUAGUGUGAAACAGUCGUAUAGAAAUCAAAUUUACUGGGUAAUAAUUAAGAACUUCAAAUGAUAGCGGCUAUACCAAGCAAAACUCGUGUACGGCUAACGAGUGGCAAGACGAGUGAUUCGUUUGAAUAAUACAUUCGACUUAUUCGAUAUGAAACGAUAAUUACUUAUCUUGCUGAUUAUGAAGGAGAUAUACAAAAAUGGCAGACCUAAUGCUUACCGCGGACCUACGCCUAUGAUAGCCUUAAAAAAACAAGAAUUAUUUUAGAUCUGGUCAUGAAAUAAACAAACUUCUUUAAGGAUCAGCUCUUCUUGUUUUAGAACCUGUUUUUCAUUUAUGGAGAACAAUGAUUUUUACUUUGCUUAAUUCUAAAAACAUUUUAUGCUUAAUUUAGUUAUAUUCAAUUCAAAGGAUAGCUGUUUCAGUGAGAUUUUAGCAUUUGUAACAGUUCCGUUUAAUUUAAUCAUAUUUUUUUUUUAUUUAAUAACAGAACUGACUUUAGCAUAACGAAAAUAGAGUAUAUUUUGGUAAAUGCCGAAAUAUCCAUGUAAUAUUUAGUGAAUAAACUAUUCUUGUGAGUAAGCUAUGUAUACUUAAUUAGUAAAAUUAUUCCUAACAUUGAUACUACCGAAAUCCAACUUACUCGUAUUUCUUUGUAUGCCUGUAUUUGAAGUUGUAAAUAUUUUACGCAUAUUUGUAAUAUUGCGAUUUAUUUUAUUGUUAACUUUAAGGUUUGAUAACUUGUAGGAAUUAUGUAAUGUUUUGAUUAUGAGACUUGCGAUAAUGUAAAUAUUUAUUAGCAUAAGGUUUUUAACAAUAAAUAGAAAACAUUCUUGUAUCACACUCUCUGCGCGCUUAACUAUUUUAUUAUUUCACAUUUUUGUUCUUUUAUUAUUGUACAAAAAUUAUACAACUUAAAUUCGUAUUUUCAUCUUCUUGAUUAAAAUCUGUUUUUUUUUUUAUUUCAAUUUUUUUUUUUUUUUCAAGCGCAGAGGAUAUUUCUGUGUUAUUUUUAAUCAGUCAAUUUAAAUCAAACCGAUUUACAAACACCAAUGUCCGUUAUACUCCACCUAGUCAUAUCACAGUUUUAAUAGACCUAGAUAGGCCAAUAUCUCAUAAUGUAAUUUUGUCUUUUUUUUUGUAACAAUUUGGAUGGAUGGUUGUGGUAACUAAUCUAAUUGAAACUUUAGGAACCCUUUAAAAAUGUGCUCUAUCGCUGUAUGGGACCGAAUUCUUACAGUUGUUAUUUAAUUUUUCAUUUUGUAUAGUUCUUUUAUUUUUAAGUUCGAAUCCUUAUUUAUAUGUAAUUAAAACUAGAAAAGGGCUAUUUAUUAUAUAAUACAUUUCGAGGAUUUAGGGCAUUAUAAGGUAAAGUGACGUCAUUCAAUCCAAAAUAAUGUACCAAUGCAGCGAGUCGCUCAAUUUCUAGCCCAAAUUCUUUUUAAACUUUUCAUACUUAAAUAUAUUUUUAUAUUUUUUUAUGACGUCAUUGUACCUUCACUGAUUUUGUAGUCUCACAACAAAUAUUAAGACGGAAAACAUCGUGUUAUAAUGUAAUGGAUAUACCAAAAUUACAAUAAAAUAAAAGAAUGAGUGUUGGAAUUAACAGAGAGGCGAUAAUUUGUUUUUGUUUCACUCACUCGCUUUGUCUUCCUUGAAACAACAAAUCAAUGAAAUUGGAAGGACUUUCCAUUGUGAAAAUGGUAUGUAUUAUUCGAAAUUUUAUAUCGUGCACUGUAUAACAACCCGCACUCA